CAUGAGAAUUCACACUGGAGAGAAGCCUUACACCUGCCAGCAUUGCGGAAAAAAGUUUUAUCAACAAGGAAACCUUAAAGUCCACAUAAGAAUUCACACUGGAGAGAAGCCCUACACCUGCCAACAAUGUGGAAAAAGUUUCAACAAGAAAGGGAACCUUAAAGUCCACAUGAGAAUCCACACAGGAGAGAACCCUUUCACCUGCCAGCAGUGUGGAGUAAGUUUCACUCAAAGAGGAAGCCUUAAAAUGCACAUGAGAAUCCACACAGGAGAGAGUCCUUUCACAUGCCAAGAGUGUGGAAAAGGUUUUAUUCGAAAAGGAAACCUUAGAAGCCACAUAAGAAUUCACAAUGGAGAGAAGCCUUACCCCUGCCCACAAUGUGGAAGGAGAUUUACACACAAACCCACCCUUAAUGUCCACAUGAGAACUCACACUGGAGAGAAGCCAUUUGUGUGUGCUCAGUGUGGAAAGAGUUUCCGGUAUCAUUUAAGCCUUAAUAACCAUAUGAGUACUCACUCCAGAGAGAGCUGUUUUAGAUGUCUGCAGUGUGGAGAGAGUUUCACAGACAGGAAACACCUCAAGAAUCAUUUAAUAACUCACACUGGAGAGAAACCUUACAGGUGCCAUCACUGUGGCAAAACGUUCAAAAACAAAUCAUCUCUUGAUAGCCACAUGAGAGUUCACACUGGAGAGAAGCCUUUCACCUGCCCU